CGCUACUGGUCUGGCGGCUGCUCGCUCUCUCGUCGGUCCCAAAGGGCAAAGGGGAAGAGGGGAAACCGGGCAGAGCGCAGCGCAGGACAGGGAGAGAACUCGCCGGCCUAGUCUGCGCGGUGAUCCGUCUCCCCUAGGGUGUUCCGCCGUGCUGGGGCAGAGACACGGGGUUGCCGUUCUUCGCCGCCGCACGCCAAGGUUCUGCUCCGCUUGAUCCUGCGGCGGUGCGGCCCUGUUUUUGUUUUUGUUUUUUUUUCUCUCGUUUCAGGUGGCCAGCCUUGGUUUUCUCUCGUUUCAGACUUUCAGGUGGCCAGCCUUGGUUUUGCCGAACUCAUUCUGUGGCCCUCUGCUGUAGUGUCCAAUGGCGGCAGGAGCAACCUUAAACUGGGUUAAAAUCCCAUUUGACACCCGGAGAUUCCAUGACCUAUCUAGUUUAAGUUUCCGAUCCCGAAACCCUUUUGGAUCAAUUCAGCCCUGGUGGCUGCCAACCGAUCAAGACUCAUCCCUUAUCAAGGUUCGCGUGGCUGCUGAUUAUUCAGACUCAAUGCCAGAUUCAAAGUACACGAGAGAUCGGGGUUAUCACCCUCUUGAAGAAGUUAAAGAACGUCCAAAGAAGAAGGACCUGUUGCUGACAGAUGUCGAAACAGCUAGAACGGUAGUGGAGGCCAAUAGCAAGGGGUUGCUUGUAUUUCCUGCUAGGGUACACAAUGAACCUCAUGGACAUGUUGCUUGGUCGGAGUUUCAAUAUGUUGUUGAUGAUUAUGGAGACAUUUUUUUUGAAGUACCUGAUAGCGAGAACAUCUUGGAAGAUGAUACUGCAAACAAUCCUGUGACAGUUUUGAUUGGAAUGGACAGACCCAUUAUUGGAGAAAGUAGCGUGGCGAUUAGUGAUUUUAGUGAUUACAUGGAUGGUGAAAAUUUAAUGGACGUUCCUGAUGAGCACCACACCAAGAUUGAUACAGAAAUAACUGAUAUUCUCAUAGAGUGGGGGAUGCCUGCAACAAUGCGUGCAAUACAUCCGAUUUACUUUGCCAAAUGUUUGAAAAAGGCCAUUCAUAAUAAUAAUGGGAAGAAGAUGGAUAGUCCAUCAAAUGGUCUCUCUAUUGUAGGAUAUCUAAGACCUGCUUUCAUAGAGGAAGAAUCUUACUUGAGGAGCUUGUUUCAUGGUGAAUGCAGCAGUGAUCGUUAUUCAUCUGACUGGAAAGUAAAUGAAACAGAUGAAUACAGCAGAGAAACUCGGCCAGUUUCUGGAACCAAUCGCCUCAUUGAUGGUGAUAAAUCAAAAUUUGACUUCAAUGAUGCUGAAACUAAAACUGAUUCAAUGAUCUACAAGCUGGAGAUAAUGACAAUUGAACUGUUUUCCAUGUAUGGCAAGCAGUUUAUGAUUGAUCCACAAGAUUUUCAAGAUUCAGAACCAGAUAUUCUUGCAAAUUCUGCUUCAGCGAUUAUAGAACGGAUCAAAGAAAACAGUGACCAAUGUGCAAUGGCUCUCAGGUCGCUCUGUCGCAGGAAAAAGGGUCUUACUGUCGAGGAGGCAAGCUUGAUUGGUGUCGACAGCCUUGGUAUUGAUGUAAGGGCCUUUUCUGGCUUGGAAGCUAGGACCGUUCGAAUUUCAUUCAAUGCACAGGCGCUCUCUGAACGUUCAGCUGAAAAGAAGAUCAGGCGAAUGCUUUUCCCCCGUUCCCAGCGUAAAAACGUGAAAACCUCUACUGAAGAUGUAUCCUAAUAUAUCAGCUGAUUUUCCUUAUAGAGGAUGUAAACACCUUGUUCAAAGACAAGGGUGCCAAUGGAAUGAUUUGGUCUUAUGCGAGUUUGCUAGGAGAUGGCGCACAACCUGUCGACUAUGAGGAUAACCAAAAGCAGCAGAGUACCUGAUUGAGGUUUUGACCUCGCUGAUGAAGGAAGGUUGGCCUUCCAAGAAUAUAGUUUGGUUUCUGACAGAUAAUAAAAAAACAAAUAAGGUGCCAAUUCGUGUAAAAGAUGCACUGCCAUUUUAUGCUGGCGGAAACUGAUGAGUUGACCAAAGGUUUGUCAGCUACAAAUUCCCAGUAAUAACGAGCUGCGAGAGGAAAGGGCAGAGUAAUAAGAUCUCGUUCAGUUCUUUACUCCAACUUGUAACUAACUUAGUUGUCUCUUUCAUGUCUGAAUAAAUGUAAUGUAACGCAACUGUGAUUAUGUCGUUGUUGAACUAUACAAAAAAUGAGAAUUUAAUAAAGUUUCGAGUGCUUGUACUGUA